AUGGUGAGCGGCGUCGCUGCUUUCGCCUACCUCUACCUGUGUUUGGCCUUCGCCGCCCUCGAGCUCACCACCUUCAUGGACCCGCUGUGCGGUGCGGGCCGCACCAGCACCACGACACUCGCCGACGAAGCCCCACUGCACAACAGCGCGGCCGCGGCCGAGGUUUUCCCGCCGUUGGUUGCGGCGUUGGUGGUCUUCUACGUCGCUGUCGCGCUCACGUACCGUCACCUGAUGAUGGGUCGCCACGUCGGCGCCGCCGUCCCCGUGGCCGGCGCGCGCAACGGGCAGGGGCAGCUCUCGAUCUCGGGGCCGCUUGUCAUGUUCCUGCUGUGCGUCUCCGCUAGCACGCUCGAGCUCAUCGUGUUCGGGGGCCAGGCUGCCGCCGGUGGUGGUGCCGAUCACGGCGCGCUCGGCCUGGCUGUUCUCCGCGCACUGCCUGCCGCGGCGACGGUCACCUUCUUUUGCGGGAUGAUGCUCAUCAUCGUCGACGGCGCCGCGCACGUCCGCGCCGGCGGCGAGGCUGCUGGCGGUACCGGUGCGGUCGCUGGAGACGGGCCGAUCCAGGGACUCAUCCUGCGCCUCCUCACCAAGAUCGCGGCCGGAGCGGCGGCGGCGCUCGUCAGCCUCAUGGCCAUGGCCAUGUUCCUCGUCCUCCUCCACGGAGCCAAGUAA